AUGUCACCCAUCUCGUUGAAAGCCCUCUCUGUUCUGCGCAUGCUCGUUGGCACCUCUUGCCUUGUGAUCCCUCGACAGAUCGGCCCUCUGGUGGGCGUGAGCGUCGCCCCUGAAGCCGUGGUCUUUGCUCGUCUGGUCGGGAUCCGCGAUUUCGUACUGGGUGCUUACCUGUGGAAGAGGGUGCGGGAAUGGGAGGCCGCGCAGACUGUCGGAGGCACAGAAUCACAGCGAGCACCACUGAUUCACAAAAGGACGUCGGGCCUUGAGUAUGGAAAUAUUACCUCUGGCAUUCCGCAAACUGUCCCAAAUUCCGAGGCCUUUGAAGGGCCUACAACGACAACGCUUCGACAGAACAUGUGUAAUGAGAAUCUCCGCUCAGCGGUGUGGUUAGGACUGAUCUGCGAUGGCGUGGAUAUUGCUAGCUGCCUUGUGUGUACAAUCGAAGGCAACCUGUCCGACCUGGCAAAGAUCACGUUGGGAGGUGGUGCUUUUGUUGCUGCAGCUAUCGGGCCACAGCAUUUGUUGUAG